ACUACUACUACUACUACUACUACUACUACUAUUACAGGUUCGGCAGGACAUCAUGGCAGGCCGACUCCCUUGCUCAUCAGUGACCUACGCCCUUCUAGGCUCCUAUAUGGUACAAGCCGAGAUUGGGGAUUACGACCCAGCUGAACACGGCGACACCACCUACCUGAUGGAGUUCGUGUUUGCACCCAAUGAGAAGGAACCUUUGGUGGAGAAAAUUCGGGAGCUGCAUAAGACACACAAGGGACAGACACCAGCCGAGGCAGAGCUCCACUACUUAGAAAAUGCCAAAAAGCUCGCAAUGUACGGAGUGGACCUUCACCCCGCCAAGGACUCCGAGGGGGUGGACAUCAUGCUGGGAGUGUGUGCGUCCGGGCUUCUGGUCUACAAGGACAAGCUACGGAUCAACCGGUUUGCCUGGCCGAAGAUCCUGAAAAUCUCAUAUAAGCGGAGCAACUUCUUCAUCAAAAUUCGGCCGGGAGAAUUUGAGACUUUCGAAAGCACUGUUGGGUUCAAGCUGACCAAUCACAGGGCUGCCAAGAAGCUAUGGAAGGUUUGCGUUGAACACCAUACAUUCUUCAGGCUGAUGACCCCCGAGCCCCCCCAGAAGCAGGGUCUAUGGCCUCGCUUGGGGUCAAAAUUCCGCUAUUCUGGACGAACACAAUAUCAGAGCAGGAUGGCUGCCAACAUCAGUCAGAGGAACAACCCUGAAUUUGAGCGAUCACUGAGCCGGCGGAAACUCUCAUCAAGAUCCAUGGACGCUCUCGGCCGCAGCGGAGAGUCGCCCGAGGUCAGCAAGAGGCACACCAUGUCACAUCCUCCCCCGCACAUCCCCGGAAUUGAUGGGAAGAGGUCACAAGAGGAGGAAGAAGCUGAAUCGGCUAAGUCUGGCAAAACUUCUGAUAAAGACAAGCGGCGCCGGGGGAGUCGGGACAGCCGCGUCUCGUCCUCUGAUUCGUCGACGGAGGGGAAUUUCGUCCCUCCCUCCUCCAAGAGGCCGGUAGGUGGCGUGGCGGUGGUGCCGGUAGCGGAUCUGGUUGAGGCCACCCGGAAGAGAGCCGCACUUAUGGCACAGAAGGACUCCACAGGGCCUGGCUCCUCCCCCCUCCCCCCGGCCUCCACCCCCCCUCCCUCCUAUGGGCCGCCCCCCUCCCCUAAGGACCCCAAGGCACCAUCGUCAUCAUCAGGAACAUCGCCAUUGGUCAAGACACAGAGGGCUAUUUUUACAUCAGACCCCCCUGGCGAGAAUGCCGGGGUACCCCCUGAAAACGCUGACCCGGCGAAGGGAACGCAAGCCGACCCGGGCGCCCCAGGUCACGGGUCGCCCCAGGGGGUGACCCGGGAGUACUCCUACGAGGACCUGACCGGAGACCAGACCCGCCGGCCCUACUCCCCGUCUUCCGUGGGGUUCUCCUACUCGGGGUCUCCGGGGGAAACUCAAGAAAAAUCGCCGGAGGUCGGGGGGGCGGAAAAAAAGCGUUUCCGGGCCAAGGCUUUCAACUAUGCCCCCAAGGAUGACCCCGGGGCAAAGGGGGGCAAGGCGGGGCGUGGGUCGGAUGGGUCGCAGGGGAAAACGACCCCGGAAAAGCCCCAGAAAACCCCGAAAAAGGAAAAGUCCCCGAAAUUUGGACGAUUUCGGAAAAGCAAAACUCCUGUUGCUGAGGAAGAGGUGCAAGGAGGAGGAGGAGGAGGAGGAGGAGAGGAAGAAGGAGGAGGAGGAGGAGUGCUAGCCGGAGGGAAGAAGAAGAAGAAGAAGAAGGAGGAGGAGGAGGAGAAGAAGGAGAAAAAGAAGGAAAAAUUCUCACUCUUUAACCGGAAGAAGAAGAAGGAAGAGGAAGAGAAGAAGAAGACCUCCUCCCCCUCCUCCCCCUCCUCCCGGUCCUCCUCCUCCUCCUCGUCCUCCUCCUCCUCCUCCUCCUCCUCCAUGGAAAGCCUGGUGGAGGGCACAAGGGAGGAGGGUAUCAGUGACCUUGACCUGACCCUGGCCAACCAGAACCCAGCUAUGACAUCGUUCUCGGCCAAUCAGAGCGCAGGAGACUCACCCAGACACCAGCUUACCCCCAUGACAACCUUCUCGGCCAAUCAGAAUGCAGGAAACUCCCCCGAGAAUGUAAACAAAGGCGAUUCUGACGAUCCGUAUACAGGAAAUGCACCUGGGAGCCUCACCGCCAAUCCGUAUACAGGAAAUGCACCUGGAAGCCUCACUGCCAAUCCGUAUACAGGAAAUGCACCUGGAUUCACCGGGCCCAUCGUCAAAAGUGGACAGAUCAAACGGAGCGUGCUCAUGGAGGGAGGCGAGGUGGUGGAGGAGGUGGAGGUAACGGAGGGAGACUUUCCUCCGGAGGGACUGGAGGGAACUGCCCCCCUACCCCCCACAGCGGCGGCCAUCUUGCUACAGCAACAACAACAGCAGCAGCAGGAGGAGGAGGCCAGAGGAGCAGCAGGAGGAGGAGGAGCGGCCCCUCAUGUCUCGGCAACCACAGUGACAACAAUCUCGGCCCAGAGCCACGAGGACCCUACCACCAAACUUAAGACUAGCCAGGUUCAAGAGAAGACCUUCACCUCGACGCGGCUCACCUCCGACACAACACAGGAGGAGACGGUGGUGACUCAGGAGGUCCAGAGGCACACCCGCUCCACACCCGCGGCCGCCACACCUGCUGGGGGGGCCACACCUGCUACUGGGGGGGUCACGCCUGCUCCUACUAUUACUGCAAGCCCUGUCAAGCCCCCUCCCCGCCCCCUGUCCUCCUCCAGCGAUGACUCGGGCACCUCCAUCGACCCCCUUGACCCGGAGGAGGAAACGGGUGUGAUAGUAGCCACCGAGAGCCAAGUCUUCGACCCUCAAGGCAACUAUACUACAAGCACUACAGGGUCUCCUCCUCUGGUACCCACGCAGUCCAAGAAGGUGUCGGUGGUGGACCCUGAUGACGAGGUUGGCGAUGGAACUGUUAUGGUCAGCUCGCAGUCCAUCUCCUCCAGGACAAGGACCGUGGAGACUACUACAUACAAGACCGAGCGGGAUGGCAUCUUGGAGACUCGCGUCGAGCAAAAGAUCACCAUUCAGAGCGAGGGCGCGGACGACCCCAUCGACCACGACCGAGCCCUGGCGCAGGCCAUACAAGAAGCGACCUCCAUGAACCCGGACAUGACCGUGGAAAAGAUCGAGAUUCAGCAACAACAACAACAGCAGCCGUAACGCGCGAGAAGAAGAAGAAGAGGAAGAAGAAGAAGACGAAGAAGAAGAGGAAGAGGAGGAGGAAGAAGAGAGUGAGCGACUGAGAGAGAGAGAGAGAGAGAGAGAGAGAGAGAGAGAGAGAGAGAGAGAGAGAGAGAGAGAGAGAG